GUUCGAGGCGUUUAAAAUGAUCGGUAAAUCGAACUCGUCCUCGAAAUACGAUCGUCCGAAUUGCAACGUCACCGGAGCUGGCUAUUUUCCUGUUACAGAAGAGGAUUUGAACCCGGACAGAAUAGUCGGCGGAAUGUACGCGAGAAGGAAUCAGUUUCCCUUUAUGGCCGUGGUGCAUCGAUUGUUGGGCAGAGGAAUGAUUUCACAAUGCGGUGGGACAAUCAUUUCCCACAGAUGGGUUUUAACGGCCGGCCAUUGCGUGGCGGACCAGCCACGACAGUUUCUGGUAGUUUUCGGCGAUAUCGAUAAAUCCCGCGUCGGUUAUAAUUUUUACCAAGGACCUGGAACAUCGAUGAUGACCGACUCCGGAUUCCUCCACCCUCAUUUCUCACCGACCAUAAACGACGUUGGUCUGCUCUACAUGCCGCGUGAUAUUCCAUUCGGUGAGGCGAUUCAACCGAUUCAUUUGGCGGGAAAAGACGACACGUAUGAAAGUUUUAACGGCAGAAUGGGCACUGUUAUCGGAUGGGGAAAAGAUCGAUCAAAAAGCACGGGAACAAGGAGGCUGAAAUACGCGACUAUUCCCAUAAUAUCGAAUUCGAAAUGUAGCAUGACAUGGGGCAUAACAUCGAACAAGCAUAUAUGCACAGCAGCCGGUUACAAAAAGGACGCCUGUCAGGGCGACAGCGGUGGACCUCUUAUCGUGUUAGAAGAUGGCGUCCCUGUUCAAAUCGGAAUCGUGAGUUACGGAGACGCGAGUUGCCCCAGCAGCAAACCCGGCGUGUUUUCGAGAGUCACGGGAUACAUCGACUGGAUUCAAGAAGCUACAGGGAUUCGUUUCUAAGAGAUAUUUGUGAUAUUGUCAUUUUUAUACAAUCACGGCGACGAAUGUUA